CUUCUUCGUUGGACUUUUCGUCUUUAUUCUUCAUCAAUCAUUCAAAUUUACAUUCUUAAGUAUUCUAGAAAAAAGAAAAAACUCUCUCAAUAUAAAGUUGUUCUGUAUAUAAAUCUUAAAAAAGAAUAAAAAAAAAAAAAACUCCCAACGAAGUCCUGGACGAUUUCAGUAAUAUCCUAUACAACGCCUAAAUCCAUUCCAUUCCUUAUAAAUAAUUUCAAAAACCAAACCUCUAUUACCAAUCUGUCAUUCUUAAAUUACCUUCGCCUAAAUGCUAUUCCAUGCACGAAAUCCUACUACUACUAUGUUGAACAUAGAAAGUCAAAAGGAACAACAACAUCAAUUAUGUCAAGAUGGGACGCUCAAAAUAAACCAGAGGCUAAACUCUGCUCAAUAUCACUAUGAAUUUCCUCCUAGAUCCCAUAAUAUAACCUUCAACACAACAGAAUCAGAUAGCUCUCAGUAUUUUGUCCUUGAUGAGGAUGAAUUGUUUUCAUAUGACGGUCAUUCACUGACCUCAGCCUCAACAGAAACUUUUACUCAUACUUUUCAUGAUAAAACAAGUCAUCCACAACAGCAACAGCAGUAUUAUCGAGACACUAUGUCACCUUUGGAUAAGACAGAACAAUUGCUUGAUCAGUACCUGGACAUUUUAACCUUAAGCAAUGACAGCAUUCAUGAAACUCAACAGAUGGCUGACCAUUUCCUUACAGUCGACGAAGAGCUUUCUCCAUUACAAUUGCCUUCACGGGCUAUUGAGAUGAAUGGCCAAUUUCCGUCUUUUGAUUCAAUGUCAACAAUCAAUCGAAAGGUGUCUCUUCAUGCAUGCCCCUCCUCGUUUUUGGACACUACUUGGGAUGCGCAAUACCAAUUCAAAUUUAUAGAUCAGAAAGAAGAGAUGAUUCAUUGGGAUACGACAUCCUAUGUCUUUCCUGACUAUAUAAGUCCUUCUAGUGCCUCAGAAUACUUAAACGGUUAUCAAAGUGUUCAUCCUUAUUAUUGCGUACCUGAGAGGCUUGGUUACAUUCAAGACGAUCUUUUGAGCUACCGAUGUGAAGAAGAAGAUGAGGAGAGCGAUGGGGAAGAAUAUAGCGAUGAGGAUACCAAAGUUGUUCUUAUAAAAUUCAGUAAGAAGAGGAAAACACAAUCCCAGACAACCAGCAUCCGCAAUAUGUCACUCUAUUAUGUCAAUAACGACGACGAUGAUGAUAAAAAUAACAACAAACCUCUAGAAGCAGUAUCAACAUUCGUUGCUCUGGACUGUGUUGAGAAUACUGUGGUAAGACAUCAAGCCAACAGGAAUUAUGAUGAAUCUGCCGCUGCUAUCAAGAUUCAAUCUCUCUGGAGAGGUUAUCAAUGCCGAAAGAAAAGAAUCACAUCGAACCAAGUGUUACAAAUUCUAGCACGUAUCAACAACAGUAUGGACAAACGCAAGGUAAACCAGCUGCACGCACGUAUUGAUAGACUUGAGAAGCAUCUUCAGGAAGAGACUGCUAUGCGUAUCGCAUUUGAGAAUGCUAUGGAAGACAUGGCGGCUCAAGUAGAUCAACAAAACCACUUCCUUGAAGAACGCAUGCACCAGAUGCAGCAAAACUUUACGGUAAACACAGAACUAUUAAUGUCUCAGAUUGAGUCUAUGAAUGCGGUUUUACGUGAGAACUCGGAAUCAAAAGCAAAGCUGGAGAGCAAACUAUCAGAAGCGCUUCAACAAAUAGAUGAUUUGAAAUUGCAGGUCAAACGAGAAUCAGAACAGAAGCAGAAUAUCCGACAACAGCUGAAAAAAACCCUUGAUGAAAUCACUUUGCUGAAAUCAAUGACGAAGAAGGAUGAAAAGCAAUCCAAUUCUCCAGUUGUGGUUCGCAAAGUAACAGCUAUUGAACGCAAUCGUAAUGUCGUAACAACCAGUCCAACGUCAGUAAAAUCAAAGAAUCAACCAUUACACUUAAAAACGCAAACAGCGCCACAAUAUGCUAGUCGUAAAACAGCAACUGCUAGUAUCAGUAUGUCAUUUCAGCCGGUUAAAAAUGCCAGGAGUACGGACGCAAAUAGCAAAACAAGCAAGCCCCCAACAACAAAGUCGUUAACUAAUGUCCGCGGUUCACUAAAUCGUACAAUCAAGUCUACUCCUAAAAUAACUCAAGCUAUUUCAGUUCGCUAGAACUAGAACUUUCUAAGGCCCAUUGCGUUUAUACCUCUAUAUACCUUUUAACUUUACUUAAUUAAUUGUGUUAAUUUUUUACUUUAUUUUAUUGGAAUAAACUAUGUACAACUAAUAGUUUUCAUAUAAAAGAGUAUUCGAUGAUGGAGUUUUCAUCAAAAUAAAUUAUCUAAA